AGCGGUUGACGGCGGUUGAUUGACAGGAUAUGUUUGUGUGCACUUUCUAUUCAUCAUGGCAGUAGGAAUAUUGCUCAUGCAUUCAUUUCUCAUCUCUUUUUGUCUCUCUUGUCAGAUUUGGAUUAGUGGUUCUUUCCAUCAUGCCGGUGCUGGUGGACAGGCUUCAGCUUCAGAGAGUGUGAGCUCCACUGAACUGCGGGGAUGAACAUGCCAUUGCACCAAAUCUCUGUCAUCCCUCGUGAUGUCACUUCCUCCCGGGUGUCCAGCAGCGGGAAGGCAAAGGAAAAGGACAAACAGAACGAGAAACCACUCGGUCAUUCUGCGAGCAGGUCCAGCAACAUUUCAAAGGCUGGAAGCCCGACCUCUGUGACCGCACCCUGCAGUUUUCCCAGGACUUCAGUGACACCCUCAAACCAGGAUAUAUGCAGUUCUAAUGACCUCGCUCAGGACCAGAAGCCUUUACAGGCCACUGUAGUGCUGUUGAACUCUAAUGGUAAAAGCUCAGCAUCUCAGGGUGUCACCAUGACCACGCUCUGCCUGGACUCCCCCAACAAGCCCAAAAAUAGGACCUUGUUUGGCACAGAAUGGCUGUCCUUACUCAAACCAUCAGUCAACUUGAAACCAGAAGGAGGGAGUCUCAAGUUCUCAAAGUCUCUGAAUGAUGUAGGACAAAAGAUGGACAGCCUAUGUAACGGCCUCCACUUUAUAGACCGUACGUGUUCGGAUGGGGAGCUGGGAGCCGAGAAGGAACAACUCGUGCAAGACGGCCACAUCAAAGCCGUCAAUGGUCAAGCCAACUGUCCUCCUCCGUUUGCUUCUCAGCCUCCAUCCUUCCUCAACAACUAUAAAUACAUCUCCAACCCAGGGCCGGAACAGUGCCUGGCUCCCCCUGCACCUCCUCAUUCAGACCUUCAAAAAAGCUCCAACUUCCUGCGCCUCAUCUUCCCGUUCAAUCACUCGUCCACCACAGGGAGCCUGCAGGCAUCUGAGAUGGGUAGCUAUGCCUCAAGGCUGCACAUCGGCAAGUCAUCCAGCGCCAUGCUGGAUGUCAGCGAGUCCUGCUGUAUGGAGGAGAUGGGAGAUGACGAGGUGUUCGAGGAGGACUCAUCCCGCUGGAAGCUGAAGACUGAGGGCUUGCGGGCUCCUCUUUGCUCCCUUGAGGAGGACAGCGACCUGGAUCAGUGCUGCUCUCCGCUGUCUGAGAAAAACGGGCCGCUGUCGCCCUACUCCCUAUCGGGGGACUGCUGCAGGAUCUGUCACUGUGAAGGUGACGAGGAGUGUCCGCUCAUCACCCCUUGCCACUGUACAGGAAGUUUGCGUUUUGUGCACCAGGGCUGCCUGCACCAGUGGAUAAAGAGCUCCGACACACGCUGCUGUGAGCUGUGCAAAUAUGACUUCAUCAUGGAGACACACCUCAAGCCUUUGCGCAAGUGGGAAAAGCUACAGAUGUCUACAAGCGAGAGGAGGAAGAUCUUCUGUUCUGUGACUUUUCACCUGGCUGCUGUGGUGUGUGUCAUCUGGUCACUCUACGUUCUGAUUGACCGCACAGCUGAAGAGAUACGCCAAGGCAAGAACAAUGCGUUGGUGCGUUUGUCCCCUCUCAAUGCCGUAGGGGUGCUGGAUUGGCCGUUCUGGACCAAGCUCAUCGUGGUGGCAGUUGGCUUUGCUGGAGGACUCAUCUUCAUGUACAUUCAGUGCAAAGUCUACCUGCAGCUCUGGAGGAGGCUGAAGGCUUUCAACAGGAUCAUCUUUGUACAGAACUGCCCCGACACCGUCCGCAACGGAGAGAACAGGCCGGCCCCGGUCACACAGAGCAACGGCACGCACGGGACGGCAGAGGUUCCCGCUCUUCAGACACAAACAAACACAGGAGGAGUGGAAAUGGCCCCCGUUUGACGACGGGUGCUUGCUGCUUUGAGUCUCAGUAGCUGAAAAGUUUAGGAAAGGGCUCCCUCCUGGUGUAUUUGACCAAAGUGAUGCGAUUUACAUACAACAAAAGCACUUUUUUCAUUUUUAUUAGAGGGUGGGUAAAGUUACAUAAGACGUUUAUAUAGGGCUAUCGAAAUAUAACAUUGUGUGCAAUUAACUAUAUACAAAACAUGGUGUAAAACAUUAUAACAUAUAAUCAUACCCUCGAUUCAGCUACUUAAAUAGAGAAAUGAGGGAUUUAUAUUAUCUGAGCCAUUUAAGCUUAAACAACCUUCAUUUUUUUGCAAGUCAGCAGUCAUUAAGUCGAUUAAAAAGGCAAGACACUACAGGCAAAUGGUUCAUGUUGAGAUUUUGGAGUAGUGUGACAAAAAACAUCCAAAAACACAUUCAAUUACAAUGUAUAUCUUUAAAGAUCUUUUCUCAAAAAGAGUUUUUAUACACCAAACUUGGUUUUAAUUUACUGAGUGGUUUGCUUAUGUAUCAUUUGCCUGUAUUUAUACAAUAUUUUACUCUUAAAAAACAUGGUGAAAAAGUAAUUUUUCGGACUGUUAUACAGUAUUCGUGGA